AUGCGCUCCUCGAUCAUCAGCAGCCUCCUUCUUUUGGCCGUCUCCCCUGUAUCUGUCCUCGCCCUUCCUGUGGACCCUAACGACCUAGCCGGUCAAUGGGAUCCGAGUGGACAGUACCGAAAGGGUAGCUGGCAGCACGGUGUGUUCGUGGCCAACACCGGCGAAACCAAUCAAAACGGUCAGGCGGAGCAAGAUGGCCAGUGGCACGACAACAACAAUAACAACGAGAACGGCCUACAAAACAACCAGAAUGGCUGGACAGAUUCAAACGGCCAGUGGCAUGCAAAUAACCAGAAUGCCCAGAACGACCAGAAUGGGUGGACUGAUUCCAACGGAAAAUGGCACGCCAAUAAUGAAAGCCAGAACGGGUGGACUGAUUCCCAAGGGAAAUGGCACGCCAACAACGAAGGCCAGAACGGCUGGACUGACGAAAAUGGUCAAUGGCAUGCCAACAACGAAAAUACCCAGACGGACCAGAAUGGCUGGACCGAUGCCAAUGGUCAGUGGCAUUCAAACCAGGAGAGCCAGGCUGUUCCGUCGCCCGUGGAUUCCCGCAGUGAGCCCAAUAGCUUGGACUCUGCCAACAACGCCGAGGUUACUCCCAACUCCCAGGACAGCGGGUACCAGAGCUAUGGUGACUACAAGAACUAUGGCUCUUACCAAAAUUACCCUGUCAAUGCACAGAAUGAGGCUCAGGGCGAGGAUGUCAGUGCUCUCACUGGUCAGCAAGAAUAA